UGGCGUGUGGUGCAUGACGCGCAGCAGCUUCAGGACGAAGGUUCUCGCCCAAGGGGGGCGUCGCCUCAACCGCAGGCAUAUGUGGUGGACGGCGAUGAAGACCUGCAGGGUGGCAGCAUGGGCGAGGGCGGCAAUGGUGUCAAUAACGGCGGCAAAGAUGAUACCAAGCUGCCGGGCAGCGGCACAGAAUUGAGGACACUGCGCUCGCCACGUCCCGCGGCCUCUCUGAUCCAAGAAUGGCAGCGGCGGCAGGAGGAGCGGCUGGGGCAGGACAAGCCGCCAUGUCCCAUAGGGGUGCAGGCGGAGGUCCAGCCUGCCCCAACGACUCUGCAGCGGCCAUUGCACCAGCAGCAGCCGCACCAGCAGCAGCAGCAGCCGCGGGACCACCAGCAGCAGCAGCCACACCAGCAGCAGCAACAGCAGCAGCAGCAGCAGCAGCAGCAGCAGCAGCAGCAGGGCAUAAUACCCGAGCGGCCCCAUGAGCAGCUGAAAAUGUCCACAACCCCAGAGCAUGCGCGGCAACAGCAGCAGCAGCAGCAGCAGGAGCAGCAGCAGCAGCAGCAGCAGCAGCCCCCUGGAAAGGACCAACAACCACAGCAGCAGCAGCAUCACCAGCACCAGCAGCAGCAAGGGCAGCAAAUCAGGGAUGUGUCGCAGGCAACUUCUGCCGCCGCCACGGCUGUGGCAGCCGCGGCUGUCGCAACAGCCGCAGCAGAGGCAGCAGAGGCAGCAUCCAAGGCCUGUGCGGUAGCGCAAAGCGCGCGAUCUGCAGAUCUCAGCAGCGUCACAGCUUGGGCCUCAGCACUUGCGGAGUCACAGACAGUUGGUAUCGGCUCCACCGCCAUUGCUGUGCCGGUGGCCUCCGAGGAUCCCUUGCCUGUGGGUGAUGAUGCAGGGAUGGGCCAGCGAGGUCUCAGCAUGAACGCAGCAGCAGGGCAUGUGGCGAGCAGCGCCGCUGGGCACAGCGGUGUUGAAGGCCGCGUGGCAUAUGAGAUCUCGACUCUCACCAGCGACAUGAG